AUGCGCCAUGGCUUUAUCACAUAUGUUUCUCUCCACUACGUUCGAAAACAGUGCUUGGUUCCUAUAGCUUUCCAGGAUUACAGGACCCUUGAAGUAACUGGUUUAGUUAAAAGACCUGUGAAGUUGAGCAUGCAUCAGCUCGUGAACAAGUCUCAAAGCCUUGAGUUCUCGGUUUCCUUAGUUUGCGCUGUUAACAGACAUAAAGAACAAAACAAGGUGAAACAAAUGAUAGGUUUCAACUGGGUAGCUGCUGGGGUUUCCACUUCGUUGUGGAGAGGUGUAACGUUGUUUGGUGUGAUCAAAAGAAGUGGGAUCUUUGGAAAGAAACAUGGCCUUCUCAAUGUGUGCUUUGAAUUGACUGAGGAUUUGCCUGGUGGCGGCGGAUCCAAGUACGACUUCAUUAGAGGGAGAAUGAUGGAAUUGUUGAAGAGAAUUGUCGUAAAAGAUAAUAGAAUACUUCAUUCCCAUCUUGAUGCAGAAGUAGCCAACGCUGAAGACAAUGAGACUGUUGGUAAUGAUAAUUCUGUAGUGAAUCGAGAGUUACUUCGUUAUCUCCGUUAG